UUACAUAUUUUAUUUAAAUAUCGGUGAAGUGCCGCCUUUGCUAAAUUGGUGGGGCUGUUUUGCGAUGAGUAAUCCCGUUUCUCGUACAGAGUGACGUCGUGCAGCGGUAGCCGGCGCGCAGCUCGUAGACGUCAGUACGUCACGAGGAGGAGGCACGACAAGACCCCUCCGGCACACCCUAUUCGCGAUCCUACCGCGCCCUUUAUCGAUUGUCGUCUCUAGUCUCGACCACGACUUUAUUUUCAAAAUACAAAAUGGAAACUACAGAUCUCCUCGGAGAUUUUGCCAGCGGCGACGCCGUACCGGCGGGCGAGGCACCUCCGCCUCAGGCUCUCAAACGCGACCAGGACUCCACUGACGACUUUGAACAUCUAGAGCGCGAGGGUAAGCGAGAUGAAUUUGAAUCACCGAGUCACCAGCACGGAACCGCGCGAGCUGCGACACAGAACUUCCUCGACAUGGAGCGCGACGAGUUCGUGGACACGCCGCGCGCUCCGUCCGUCACUGACAAGCUCGCAGACCACAUAGCCGACAAGUUUACAGACAGCGAGUCGGAGGCCGACACAGCAGGCGAGUCGCCGUUGCACCGCCCCGAACCAUCGGUGCAUGUGGACAGUGUGCCCACUCCUGAAGUUCCCAAGCAGGAGCUUCGAGCGCAGCCCGAACCCACGCCGCUGCAAGCUGCGACGCCGGCCGCUACUGCCGCUCCGCCGCCGACCCCAACACCUAUCGUGCAUUCGAGUACCUUGCCGCCGAAGCCUGUGGCACUGCCCGAAACUGACAUUAAGGCUAAAGUUGAACCGGCUACACCAGCUGCUGAGCCCGUGCCCAAGGCCCCGUCACAGCCAGCCGCGCCCAAGGCCCCGUCACAGCCAGCCGCGCCCGUAACUGCAGCGCCUGUACCCGAAAGGAAGCCCGAGGCCGUGCGAGCACCGACUGCACACGUCAUCGAGGCCGAGGUCAUCUUUUGCCAGAUGGGAUUGGAUGCUUGGUUCGACCCUCAAAGACUGCACCCAGAAGUGGAGGCGCUGAUCUACUGGCGGUGCGCGGCGCGUUCGGGUGCCGCGCUGGGCGGUGGGCUUGCGCUGCUGGUGGCGCUGGCCAGCUGCUCCGUGGUGUCUGUGCUGGCGUACGCCGCGCUCCUGGCACUCGCCGCAGCCCUCUCCCUGCGCAUCUACCGCAACGUGCUGCAGGCCGUGCAGAAGACCAACGACGGUCACCCCUUCAAGUGGCUGCUGGAGAAGGACAUCAGCCUACCGGCGGAGCGCGCGCAGGAGCUGGCCGCCGCCGGUACUGCGCAUCUCAACGCCGCUGUGCACGAACUGCGCAGACUAUUCCUGGUUGAGGACCUGGUGGACUCGCUCAAGUUCGGAGUGCUGCUCUGGUGCCUCACCUACGUCGGCGCCUGCUUCAACGGCAUCACGCUCGUCAUACUCGGAUGGAUAGCACUCUUCACGCUGCCGAAGGCGUACGAGAUGAACAAGGCGCAGGUGGACGCCAACCUCGAGCUGGCGCGCGCCAAGAUCAAUGAGAUCUCUGCCAAAGUGCGCGCGGCCGUGCCGCUGGGCAGGAAGGCGGACACGGACAAGGACAAGUAAGCUGUGCGCGGUCCCUGCGGCGCGGCCCGAGCGGCGCGGAGCUGGCCGAGCGCGCUGGAGUACUUUCCCUGUUUGUUAUAUUUAUUAUGUACUAUUAAAGAUACCUUACGUGUAAAGCUUUAUGAGAUGAGUCAUGCGGAGAUUAUUGUAUUUGCUUUUUGAAAUUUUAAAUUAAAAUAACUAUCGAACCGAU